AUGGAGUACGUUAUUAGCUCGUAUAAUUUUAUUGUUCUCGUCAAGUUAACCACUCUUAUCUUCUUCUUCCUACUCAAAAAGAGCUCUUCAGUUUCCUUCAGCUUGACCCGUAACCAUCAAAAAAUGGACAACAAUAUUAGAUUCGAGAAGGACGCCACUACAGCCAACGGGGCUCUACAGCUCACAAAGAAUCUAGUCGAUGUUUCUCUUAACAGUAGUAAUGGUCGAGCCUCGUACAACAAGCCGGUUCAGCUUUGGGAUCCCAAGACAAAACUUCUUACAAACUUCACCACUCAUUUCUCAUUUGUCAUUGAUGGUCUCAACAAAAAGGAGUCCGGUGAUGGCUUAACGUUCUUCAUUGCACCGUUCAAGUCUGAUAUCCCAGUCGAUUCAACCGGCGGAUACCUCGGACUGAUAAGCCACAAAUCUUGGAAUGAUUCGAGUAGUACUAAUCCUUUUGUUACAGUGGAGUUUGAUACAUAUAAGAAUUCAUGGGAUCCUAGCUCCAACCAUGUUGGUAUCAACGUUAAUUCCAUUAUCUCAAAAACAAAUGUCUCAUUGCGAACUAACAUGAAAAAUGGAUCUAGAGUGGCAAAUGCUUGGGUAAGUUAUGACUCUGCUUCUCAAAAUCUAAGUGUGUUUCUCAGUUAUGGUGGUAAUGAGACAACAAUUGGUGAAAACACUAGUCUUUCAUAUGUAGUAAAUUUGAGGUUCUUGGGAGAAGAGGUAAGAGUUGGUUUCUCUGCAGCUACAGGUAGUUUGAGUCAAGUACAUAAAGUUUUGUCGUGGUCAUUUAACUCAACCUGGGAGAUUAGUAGUACUAAUAAUGAAACCAACUCAAACCCGAGCUUCAAAACUCUUAAACAAAAGAUUGGUUUGGGUUUGGGUGUAGGUUUUGGUAUUCUAUGUUGUGGAGUAAUAGGUUCGGUAUGGUUCAUGUAUCUAAGAAAAAGAGUUAACAAGGAAGCGGAAGUAGAGGAGGAAGAUUAUCAUGCAUCCAUCGAUGGUGAAUUCGAAAGAGGAGCUGGCCCCAAGAGGUUUACUUAUCACGAACUAAGGCAGGCAACAAACAACUUUUCCGAAGAAGGGAAGCUCGGAGAAGGAGGCUUUGGAGGUGUCUACAAGGGCCUCUUCAGCGAAUCUAACACUGCAGUUGCUGUUAAGAAGGUGUCUAAAGGAUCAAAGCAGGGAAAGAAAGAGUAUAUUUCCGAGGUAAAAAUUAUAAGUCGUUUAAGACACAGGAAUUUGGUUCAACUUAUUGGUUGGUGCCACAAACGAGACGAGUUCCUUCUUGUUUAUGAAUAUUUGCCUAAUGGAAGCCUUGAUACACACUUAUUUGGUGAAAAACCCAUGCUGCCGUGGGAAACAAGGCAUAAAAUAACUCUUGGUUUGGCCUCAUCACUUUUGUAUCUUCAUGAAGAAUGGGAACAGUGUGUGGUGCAUAGAGAUAUCAAGUCGAGUAAUGUCAUAUUGGAUUCAGACUUCAAUGCUAAGCUAGGAGACUUUGGGCUAGCAAGGCUAGUUGACCAUGAAAUGGGGUUAUUAAAAACAACUGUGGUAGCUGGAACAAGAGGCUACCUAGCCCCGGAGUGUGUCACUACCAGCAAGGCUAGCAAAGAGUCCGAUGUCUAUAGCUUUGGCGUGGUUGCACUUGAAAUCUGCUGUGGGAGAAGGCCAAUUGUAGUGAAUGCCGAAGAGAGCAAGGUGAUGCUGGUGGAGUGGGUGUGGGAACUCUACGGGAAAGGCCAACUUCUUGAAGGGGUUGACGACAGACUUGUUAGCAUGGAAUACAACGAUAUGGAGAUGGAGUGCGUGAUGGUUGUUGGGUUGUGGUGCUGCCAUCCCGAUCCAACAUGUCGACCCUCUAUAAAGCAAGCGAUGAGUGUUCUUAAUUUUGAAGCUGCAUUGCCUAAUCUGCCGCCCAAGUUGCCUUGUGCCUCCUUUCAAUAUUAG